AUGUCUGCAACCCAGUUACUCAACCCGAAAGCUGAGUCGAGGCGGAGAGCGGAAGCUUUGAAAGUGAACAUCAGCGCUGGUGAAGGUCUUCAGGAUGUCUUGAAGUCUAACUUGGGUCCCUCAGGGACCUUGAAGAUGCUGGUUGACGGUGCAGGCGGAAUUAAGUUGACCAAGGAUGGAAAUGUUUUGCUGCGAGAGAUGCAAAUCCAAAAUCCCACAGCUGUCAUGAUUGCCCGUGCGGCCACGGCGCAAGAUGAUAUCACUGGUGACGGAACGACGUCCGUUGUCCUGUUGGUUGGUGAGCUUUUGAAGCAAGCGGAUCGGUUUAUCUCCGAGGGUCUGCACCCCAGAGUGAUCACAGAUGGCUACGAGAUCGCGAAGAACGAGGCUCUGAAGUUCCUUGAUCAGUUUAAGAUUGAGCGGAAGAUUGACCGCGAAUUGCUGCUCUCGGUCGCUCGGACAUCGCUUGCCACAAAAUUGAGCAGUGCUCUUGCUGAGAAGCUUACACCUGAUGUCGUCGAUGCUGUACUCGCCAUUCACAGAGCUCCUGCGAAACCCGACCUACACAUGAUUGAAAUCAUGACUAUGCAGCACCGAUCUGCGUCCGAUACACAGCUCAUCCGUGGUCUUGCUCUAGACCACGGUGCUAGACAUCCCGAUAUGCCCAAGAGAGUUGAGAAUGCGUACAUUCUGACCCUGAACGUCAGUCUUGAGUACGAGAAAUCCGAGAUUAACUCUGGUUUCUACUACUCCUCUGCUGAACAGAGAGAUAAGCUGGUAGAGAGUGAGCGCAAGUUCGUGGACGCCAAGUUGCAAAAGAUUGUGGAGCUCAAGAAGCAGGUCUGUGGCAAUGACCCCAAAAAGGGCUUCGUUGUUAUUAACCAGAAGGGUAUUGAUCCCCUGAGCUUGGAUGUACUCGUCAAGAACGGUAUCUUCGCCCUUCGGAGAGCCAAGCGGAGGAACAUGGAGCGUCUUCAGUUGAUUUGUGGUGGUAUUGCUCAGAACAGCGUGGAGGAUCUCACUCCUGAUGUUCUCGGAUGGGCAGGCCUGGUCUACGAACACCAGCUCGGAGAGGAGAAGUACACUUUCGUGGAAGAGGUCAAGGACCCCAAGUCGGUUACCAUCCUCAUUAAGGGACCCAACCAGCACACAAUCGCGCAGGUCAAGGACGCCGUCCGUGAUGGCCUACGCUCGGUUUACAACACCAUCGUUGAUGGAUGCGUUGUGCCUGGUGCUGGCGCUUACCAAGUUGCUUGCGCUCGCCACCUGUCCUCUGAAGGUAUUCGCAAGACUGUCAAGGGCAAGGCUAAGUGGGGUGUCACCGCUUUCGCCGAUGCCCUUCUUGUGAUUCCCAAGACUCUUGCUGCCAACUCAGGACACGACAUUCAGGAUUCCCUGGCUGCCUUGGAUGAUGAGAGUGCGGAGGGCAACGUGGUGGGCCUGGAUUUGACAACGGGAGAACCGAUGGACCCUGUUCAGGAGGGUGUCUUCGAUUCUUACCGAGUUUUGCGCAACUGCAUCGCUUCGAGCACCGGUAUCGCCUCGAACUUACUUCUGUGUGACGAGCUUCUGAAGGCCAGACAAAUGGGUAGACAAGGUGGGCCUGGUGGCAUGGAUGAGUAA